AUGGAAGUUCUUCGAGAGCCGACUGGUUUGAUACUUUCUCAGAGAAAAUUCACUUUGGACUUGCUGAAGGAAUUUGAUUGUAUAGACAAACAACCAGUCUCUUCACCUUUAGACCCGGCACAGAAGCUUCAAGCCAAUACUGGAGCUGUCAUCUCCAUUCCUACCUUGUAUCGCUAUCUGAUUGGCAAACUCAACUACCUCACCCAAACAAGAACGGUUCUUUCCUUCACCAUACAACAUCUUAGUCAAUUUAUGCAGGAUCCAAGACAACCACAUCUUGACGCUGCACUGCGAGUUCUUCACUACCUACUCAAAGACCUAGGACUUGGUCUUUUCAUGACUGCUACAGCAUCUUUCAAGCUUCAACCUUUUUGCGAGUCAAAUUGGGGAACAUGUCCAGAUUCACGAAGAUCAGUAAGCGCCUUCUAUGUCUCACUGGGAUCUUCUCCAAUUUCUUGGAAGUCCAAGAAACAGGCUUCAAUUUCUCUUACCUCCGCCGAAGCAGAAUACAGGUCGAUGCGAAGGGUCGUAGUAAAGAUAACUUGGUUGAUUCGACUCUUCGACGAUAUUUCAGCACCAAUCACCCUUCUGGUUUCGCUUCACUCUGAUAGCCAAGCCGCACUUCACAUAGCGAAAAAUCCUGUCUUUCAUGAAAGGACAAAACAUGUUGAAAUCGAUUGUCAUUUUGUGAGACAGCAGUUCCUCGCUGGUCUUAUUUCACUCUCCUUUGUAAGAUCUGAUUCUCAAUAA